AUGGACCCGCACCCGCACCAGCACCACCAGCAACACGCGCCCCAUCACCGCUCAAGGGCCGAUCUGUCCAUGACCAGCCUGACCUCACCUCCACCCCCGGACUACACCUCGACCUCCACCCAGCAACAACCACCACAUCCACAUCCACAUCCACACCCACAAUCACAACCCGUCUACCACAACAGCUACACCUCCGCCGCACAGCACUUGCCCGACUACGCAGGCAGCACCACACACCGCCCAUCACACUCACCCGUCAACGAGCGGUUCCGCCCACCCCCACCCCCACCGCCGCCCCCGCCGCCCCAGCAGCAGCCGUACGCGUACGCGCAGAUGACGUCCCCGUACCAGGGCCAUAGCCCGCAGAAUAAGCCGUACACCUCGGGCUCGAACGCGGGAUACCCGUAUACUGCGUCCCCGCCGGGGACGUCGACGCAGUCGCCGACUUCGCAGCAAAACAACUACUUCCUCCACCACACCUCCACCACAACCACAACCACAACCACAACCACCCCGCCGCCACCUCCUCCGCCCCCGCAAGCACCGUCUGCACAAGCGCGCCAGAACCAGAUCCCGCCCGGCGGCGCGCCGGCGAGGAGGUACCUCAAUGAGAAUGUGACGCCGGUGCUGCUGGAGGGGAUGAAGAUGCUGGCGAGGGAGCAGCCGAAGGAGCCGUUGCUGGCGCUGGCCAGGUGGCUGGAGGAGCAGCAUCAUGAGAUUGUUGCUGCUGCUGCUGCGGCGGGGACUAGUGCGGCGGCGGGAGCUGGGGCGGGAGCUGGGGGGUUAAGGUGGAGGGGGGUUAAGAGGGGGUUAAGAGGGGGGUUAAGAGGGGGGAAUUGGUUAUGGGGUUUAUAUGGUUUUUAUGGUUUUAUGGUUUUGUUUUGGAUGGUAUUAAUGGCUUUGUAG